UGUACUUCCGGGUCACGUCCUUUUCCACCAUAUUGGUUCGAGAAGUGUACUGUCCUCCAACGAGCUAAGGCCGAAUCGGCGACAUACACUGUCAUUUCAAGCCAUCCGACAGGAUAACAAAAACAAACUACAAGAAUGUCUAGCAAUGAUGAAUUAGCUUGCACUUACAGUGCUCUUAUUCUUGCUGAUGAUGAUGUACCGAUCACGGCAGAGAAGAUCUCCACCAUCCUGAAGGCAGCUGAUUACUCAGUAGAGCCCUACUGGCCUGGUCUGUUCUCCAAGGCUCUGGAGGGGAUCAACAUCAAGGAUCUGAUCUCCAAUGUUGGAAGCUCAGUGGGCGCUGCCCCCGCCGCUGGUGGUGCCGCCCCUGCUGCUGGUGAUGCCGGUGCAGGUGCCGCCAAAGAGGAAGCUAAAGAAGAGAAGAAAGAGGAAUCAGAGGAGUCUGAUGAUGAUAUGGGCUUUGGAUUGUUCGACUAGACUGAAUAUCUUCAACUGGAAGUUUGUACAGAACUGGAAGAAAUUGUACAGAUUAAAACUGGGACUGAGUUAAGAACUUUUUAACCUUCAGGUGUAUUUUCUGUACAAAGUUUUAAAGAAAAGAAAAACCCAGAAAUAAAAAAAAAUGUGAAAGAAAAAAGUUU